AUGGUUCUACGCAAGAAGGAAGUCUAUACGACCAUCACGCCCAUCCCGGGGUUCAUCCCACGCCAGCUGGCCAUCGAUAUCCUUCACUCGCACUCAGAGGUCAUAACUUUAAACCCUCUCGUCCUUGACCACAAGGCGAUUCCUGCGCCCCGCGAUGCCGCCUCGGACGAGUUCUAUAGCACCUGGUAUGAGAUAACGGAGCGCAUCCAGUACAUACCUGGCAUUGGCAAGAUGGGCUCGGGAAAGAUCAACUUCAACGGCUGCUUCCACGAUAUGCCUUGGGGCUUGCAGACGCAUAUCUAUGCUCCGAUGAACGUCGAUUUGCGAAACAAGUACCGCAUUGCCGGCAACCAGCCCGGCAUUGAACCUCCCGAGCCGCCCGAGAUCGGUAUGGCCGCGCUCGGAGUUCCUAGCGACGGCCUCUACCUGCGAGAAGAUAUUGAGAUUAAAUGCAACGUGGCCGUCGUUGGGUUUGUAAAGGCUGAGCUCAAAAAGGCAAGCAAGGAGAUGGUCCAGCGCAUCAUCAAGAAGGCCGAGUUGCUGGAUGCAGGAGUGCUACAAGGAAUGAUUGAGGAUGGGAAGCUCAAGACCAUUAACCCGGCCGACAGGUCCAACACCGUUAGAUCGGCCAAUACUCACAGAACCAUUGGGACCUCGCCUUCAAUAAUGGCCGGCGUUGGUUCACCACAACCCAGUCCGACUAUGUCUCACCACAGCACACAUGGCAGCCCAGCUAUUCCUUACACAAUACCUCGACCACAAUCCACGAUGUACGGCAGGCCAGGGACGGCAGGGUCGGCCGGCGGACACGCGUCGCCUCCGCAAAGCCAUCAUCAUGAGCUCUGUUCCGGUCAGAAAGCUUCCGCCCCACAACAGGAGAUCAUCAUGGAGCUGCCUGGUGAUUUCUAUCACCCUCUUCAACAGUUCCCACGUCUUCUGUCACCGGUGCAGCAGCAGCAGCAGCAAGGGUCCCCUCGCGGGUCACUCGCCUCAUCUUCACCACCACCGUCUGCAGGCCUCAGCAGCGACAGGCAUGUAUCCUCAGUUUCCUCACAGGGAAGGUGGUCAGAGCAGCAAAACUCGGUGUCGCGGCCAAAUUCCUUUACAAGUGAUCUUGGUCCGGACCAAAAGGCCAGCUUUGCGUCGGACCUGACCACGCACAACGAGACUGCCGAGGAACACCGCGAAAAUACACUCAAGACGCUGGAUAGCUCACUAAAGACGCCACCUCUUCCGUCUCAGCAGACUCAACAACAACAACAACAACAACACGCACCCAAAGGGUACACCUAUAAUCCAGCCGAUUAUGCCAAAGUGUCAUCGCCGGUGCAGUCCAAUUCCAAGUUUCCUGGGAGCGGAGGCUACAACAUUACAUACAAGCAGCAACAGCAGCGGUAUGGGUAUUAG